AUGUGCCUCUUUUCCAUUCUUCUAUUUAAGAAGAUUUGGUCUGACUCGGCGUUUGCUAAACUUCCUACCUACGGAAUACAUGGGAAAGACGAAAAGAGACCAAGUAUUCUGAUAUCACAUACUGACAUGAACUUUCAAAAGUCUUCUUCUGGUACAGAAGAAAUCGAUAUUUAUCAAAAGAUGAAUGUUACAAACGAUAACAUUUUUUUGUCUGUAAGACUGUCUGAAAUUUUAGUGUUACCAACAACUUUCCCAUUAAGAAUUGGAGACACUUUGAGGAUAAGAAUCCGACUGUUUGGCACAGACGGUAAACCUGUGAGUACCGGUGGUGACUUCCUCAGAGUAUGGUUAAAGGAGACGAAGAUCAAAGCCAACGUCAAUGGAUACGUCUUAGAUCACAGAAAUGGGUCGUAUACUGGGGUACUACUCUUACCAUGGAAAGGUCGUCCAGAGGUCAUAGUGUCAGUUGCUAACUCACGACAUCACAUAUCGCUUAUUAUGAAGUAUGUGAAUGAACAUGGGCUGCUACAAAUGAUGGCUUCUCAGUUCAUAGACCCGAGUGGUAGAUAUAAGGAAGAAACGCAAUGCAGCCCGAAACACGACGCCAUUUUAAAAGGAUGUACAUUGGCGGAUAGAUGUAACUUGACCAAGCAAAAUUAUGGACUUCCAUGGUUUUGUUGUAAACCAAAGUCUACUUUUGUGACAUGUAAAGACAUGAAAACUGUGAAAGCUAAUAAAACAAGCAUGAUCAGUGACCUAACAAGGCAUAUUUCAACGUACAAGAAGCACCAAAGAUUCUCCUCUUUUAAAAUACAAGUUAAAGAAAGAAUUGGUUAUCCUGAAUACUUGCCUUCACCGCCACGACCUUGUCAGGAGCGCAUGCCUAAAGCAACAUGGAAUGAUAUCACACCUGUCGGCUAUUACUUUAAGAAUACAUGGAUUAACCGGAAGUGUACACUUGGCACAAGUCGGCCCGAUACCUGCUUGGAUAAUAAGAGAUUUGUAGUGUUGGGUGAUUCAAAUAGUCGAUCAGUCUAUUCUAUUUUCUGUUCAAAGACUAAAUCAAAAACUCUGACGGAUCAUUACACGAAAGAAAAACCUUGGCACAAGCUGUUAAUGGCGCGGAACAUAAAACGUAAUAUAGACUUGAUGUGGGCUCCUCAUAACCCACCAUUUUAUGUUGGUCCUCAUCAACCGCUUGACACAAUGCGGUCAGUUGGAAACUGGCUGGACAGGACACCUCAUGAUAAACCAAUAAUAGUCAUCAUACAUCUGUACUAUCAUCUCACCAGGACAACUUUGUCUGUGUUUCGUGCCCUGGUCAAGGACGCACGUGCUGGCGUUGAUCGUCUGCUAAGAAGAGCCCCAGAUUCUACAGUUAUCAUACAAGGUCCACAUUCUAUCACGUACAAAGACAGUCUUGAACCCCUUGACUAUAUUCGGCGAAGACAUGAGGACAUAUGGUUCCAAGAGUUCAUGGGAAUACACAAUAAAGUCUUCUACAUCGAUAACUGGGACCGUACUGUUGGAAACGAAAAUGUAGACGCGCAUCCGCCUACCAACACAAUGACAGAUGUUACAGACGAAAUGCUAUCUUAUAUAUGUCGCGAUGUAGUUUAA